AUGCUAAGUUCGGGGGCUCGGGGAUGGUUACCAACAAAUUACUGUGAAGAGUACGAUUUAGACCAGAUUCAAUUGGCUCUAAAGGCCUGUAUGAACUUAUUUGAUCAAUUCAAGACGGGAAAUGCAGGAGGUCCUAGACUUAGUCAAAGUUUGGUAGGGGAUGUUGUGGCUGGAGUUAGAUAUUUACUGGAGAGCACUCAAUGUCUUACACGAGAAGCAACAACUGUCAAAAAUAGCAAUAUCAUCCGCAAAUCACGAAAGGUACUAUUGACUGAAGUCUCCCACUUAAUCAAGGCCGGCAAACGAUUACCUGGGCACUCUGAAUACCACCUUAACGAAGGCUCUCUGGAGGAUUUGUUGGACGAAAUAAUCUUGCGAACAUUUAAGAUUGUUCUUCGUGGUGUUAAAUUCUUGGAUAAUUGGAUUGCUCUAUUUGGUUUCGAUAAUGAGAUUGACGAAGAAGACGACGCAGAAACAGAAGAUGCUGUUCCACCUACUCCACCGGCAGAUACAACCACACACAAUUUAGCGAGUAGAUCGUUACACACAAAUUCGGAAACAAACCCUGGAACCGACAGCGAUGAGGGUAGGCCGCGAUUGUCGGCCCGUGAUCAGCAAAAUAGAUCGACAUCCCAUGAUGUGACCAGCGGGAGGCAAGAUUCGCAUCCUCUCCCUUCAACGCCUUGUUCACAGACGCCACGCGCUGGAAGCCCAUGCUCACAAGGCGAUCGCAGCACUGGUAGCCAGUCAAAACCUGUCUAUGCGUUGGCUCGUUUAAACACCACCCACGACAUCCUUCUGUCCUGGCUUGGAUCAUAUAUGGGUGGACUAUGCAGCGAAGCUCGACUUACGCCUGGACUCCAACGUUAUCAACUACAUUCACUUACUGCAGCACGUGAUCUUCUGGAAGUUGUUGAAGCAAUCUACGCGCGAGAUACAAAGGCAGCAGCUCUAGCGUCAGCUAAAGACGCCAUGUACGGACGCAUGACAGCAUUGGUAUCGGCUGCCAAAGAAGUUGUAGCUGGAAGGAUAGAAGAAUAUGAAGAAGAAGGAAUCAUUAUACCUGAUAAUGGAAAGAAGUUGAUGGAUGCUGCAACAGGCUGCGUUCGUGGAGCUGGUGAAUGUGUAGCAAAGUCAAAGUUUGUUAUUGAGAGGAUAGGCGAUUUUGAAUUAGAUUUGGGUUCAUUCGGAGCUGGACUUGGGAUAUCGACUGCUCCGGCGUCUCCGGCACUCAAUGGUUCAUUUGGACUUGCGCAAACGGUAAAGGCAGAGGUUAAGCGGGAAUCGAUACCUCCGCCACCCACUGUGCCAGAGAAAAUACCUCCACCAGUUCCAACAAAAGAGGAUAUUAAUGAUCAAAAGCCUCUUCCAACACUCCCGACAGAGGCCACUUCGACUGACAGCGAUAAGACUAUCUCUGCAGAAGGCUAUCCCUUUCCUAUUGUUCCAGAAACUAAGGCAACUCCACCUGUUAAGCCAGAAUCCCGGCGAUCUUCCACCACAUCACUCUUGCCUCCAUUGCCUCAAUUGACUCCUUUGUUGACACAGGGUGAAUACACACGAGAAGCCGAUGAGAAGGCCGCUCAAAAGUCUGCGAGAGCUGAUAGCAUUGGUGCUGCUUCAUGCACCGCUACUGACUGCACCGGCUCAAGCAGCAUGCGAUGCUCUGAAUUCAGUCUGUUAUCGCAAACCUCGACUCGUGCAACAACUCCAGAGCCUGCCUCAUCUACUAGUAUUGCGACACCACUUCUCAAUCCCGAGCUAUCUAUGAUUGAAAGACAGAUGUCUGUUGAGAGUAGUGUGGCGAGCUUGUCCUCCAUGGAGAGGUGUCACUCGGAAGAUUUGGCAUUUAACAAAGAUGGCCAAAUCAUUGGCGGAACUCUUCCGUCGCUCGUCGAGCGAUUGACAAUUCAUGAUUCAACGCCUGACGCAGUUUUCGUCGCCACGUUCUAUCUGACAUUCCGACAAUUUACGACUCCUCAAGACUUUGCUGCUGCUUUGGUAGAACGUUUCGAGGAGGCAGAUGAAGGAACUGGUCUUGCAUCACCAGUACAUCUCAGGGUAUACAAUGUUUUCAAGGGGUGGUUGGAAUCCCACUGGAGGCAUGGUAUUGAUGAUGCAGCGUUGGAUAUUAUCAACAAUUUUGCUUCUGACGACUUGAAAUUGGUUUUGCCUGCUGCAGGGAAGCGAUUAGAAGAUUUGGCAAAGAAGGUUACUAAGGCGGACGGACCUCUUGUUCCCAGACUAGUAUCUGGGAUUGGAAAGGCUACAGCCCAAGCUCAAUACAGUCUCCCCGAGACUCCUGUCCCGACACCAAACGUCACGAGGCAUCAGCUCCAACUUCUUCGAAAUGGAUUUAGCGGUCUUGGUACACAGCCCACGAUACUAGAUUUUGACCCAUUAGAACUUGCAAGGCAAUUCACUGUGAAGGAGUCAAAAAUGUUUUGCUCUAUCAAACCAGAGGAGCUUGUUGCGCUUGAGUGGACCAAAAAGAAUAACUCAACGGCUCCUAAUGUGUUGGCAAUGUCUUCUUUGUCCACCGAUCUUGCCCAUCUCGUUGCGGAAACCAUUCUAGAUGUUUCGGAUAUAAAACGCAGAGCUGUGGUUAUCAAGCACUGGAUUAAGAUUGCAGACCGUUGUCUGGAGUUGAACAACUAUGAUUCCCUCAUGGCCAUCAUGUGCACACUAAAUGCGUCAACAAUCAGUCGGCUGAAGAAGACGUGGGAGUUGGUUUCUCAAAAGACAAAGUUGGUACUUGAGAAUUUGAGAUCAAUAAUUGAUGUGUCGAAGAACCACGCUGUUCUUCGUGCCAGGCUACGUAAUCACGUUCCUCCGUGCUUGCCUUUUUUGGGAACAUUUUUGACAGAUCUUACUUUCAUCGAUGUUGGAAACCCCUCAAAGAGGCCUGUAUCAAUUGACGGCUCCACAAAACAGCUCAUCAACUUUGACAAGCAUGUUAAAACUGCGCGAGUAAUUUCAGAUCUUCAGAGGUUUCAAAUUCCUUACCGCAUUGCCGAGGUCCCAGAAAUGCAGGAUUGGAUCGAUGCCCAAAUUUCCAGAGUUCACAACUCCAACUCCAGUGAUGUGCAGCAACUCUACAGGCGCUCGCUCCUUCUUGAACCCCGUGAAUCACGACAAGGGUCUAUUGCUACCGAAUCUACCCCGGCCCCACCUCCACCUCAACCUUCAGUCGCCCAAAGAAUCGAUUUGUUCGCGUGGGCACAUGCCUUCAAGCAACAGUCAUCGCAGCCAACAACGCCUAGCUAA